UUAUCACUUCAGAUCUAACUUCAGUUAUAUAGUGUUUAAUAACUUAAUGUCGAUUAUUUUCAUUGUGGAAUACUGAUGAAUCAAUUUUACUAAUGUAAUAAAAUGUACAAAGUUAUAUUUUUAUUCUUAUCAUUGUGCUUAGCUGUGUCCGAAAGUGUGCAACAUAACCCCGCAGAAUACGUUAUACUUAAAUAUAAUGAAACAUACACUAAUACUAUAAAUAAUAACAAAGAAUAUCUUCUAGAAGUAACAGAAACUAUUAAUGACACAGUUAAUGCGAAUCCUCCAAGAAUAUGGAUUCAAAGCAACGCAACUGUGUCUUUUCCUUUAAUGAUAGUAGCAAGACAAACUAAAGAAAUGAUAUCGUGGCAAUUGCCUUUAGAAAUCGAAGGAGACGUAGGUGAAUUCGUAUAUAAUUACACCACAAAAACUAUGUGUCACGACAUAUUAAAACAUUAUAGAAUGAACGGGAGACAUCAGAAAAUGAUACAGGAAAAUUCGUUUAUUUCUAUAGCUACAUCUUCGAAUAAAACUAUUAAUUUCACCAUAGAAGUUAGGAAACAAAAUACUUUUACCAUAGAACUUUCCAAGGAGCAUAAGUUCAAUAUUACUCCAAGUCAACCCAGCUACUUCUUUUACAAUUUCACCACAGACGAUUCUUUGAUAAAAAAGGGGGACUCUAAUUACGAAACCGUCAUUUUAGAAGUCAAUUCAGACGACGAUAUCUGCAUGGUUGUCAGUAUACAAAAUAUAAGUUGCCCUGUUUUCGAUACCAAUCAAGAUGUAACGUUCAGGGGGUUCUACGAAACCGUUAACAGAAAAGGAGGUAUCACAAUACCUAAAUACAAAUUUCCCCAAGGUUUUUACAUAGUGUUUGUCGCAAAACCCGACGAUUACGCUUGCGAAAAAUCGGGUUUUAGUAAUGUAAAUAAUUCAGAGAGGGUGAAACAAAUUUCCCUCGUUAUUAAACCCAGUAUUACAUAUUCCGAUUACGUUAUGGCCGUUUUGAUUACUUUGGGAUGUAUAGGUGGUUUCUAUAUAAUUUUUGGUCUUCCAUAUUUUUUUUAUACUGUAAAGGCAACUACACCGAGAGCAAUGGAGUAUGUUGAUAAUUUUUCAACCACGCCGAAUGCACGAAUUGUUAGGCUGAAGGUCACGCGAACAUUCGAUGGCACAGAAAUGGCUAAUGUUCAACGUACCAUAUCCACAAUGUCUGGCCCCUCGGUAGAUAUAACUGACUACGAUACCUUAAAUGAAGUAGAUAUCGAUAAAAAUUUGAGGUUAGGUCGAGGACAACCGUUUCUGAUAGAUUUAGCCCGAAAACCCCCUAAAGAAUUAACGAAAAGAUCUUAUUUGUAUUUAUACAACGUUCUCACGGUGGCCAUUUUUUACGCCUUACCCGUACUGCAACUCGUCGUAACCUAUCAAAUGGUAUUGAAUGAAACCGGCCAACAAGAUUUAUGUUACUACAAUUUCUUAUGCGCGCAUCCUUUGGGUUUCCUCAGCGAUUUCAAUCACGUUUUCUCCAAUAUAGGUUAUGUUUUAUUGGGCGUACUUUUUUUGAUAAUAACGUAUCUUAGGGAACAAUCCCACAAAGACGCCGAUUUCGAUAAGGAAUUUGGUAUUCCUCAACAUUAUGGUAUGUUUUAUGCCAUGGGGGUGGCUUUGAUAAUGGAAGGUAUACUUAGCGGAAGCUACCACGUUUGUCCUAAUUCUUUGAAUUUUCAAUUUGAUUCUAGUUUUAUGUACGUAAUGGCGGUACUUUGUAUGGUGAAAUUAUAUCAAAAUCGCCAUCCAGAUAUAAACGCUAACGCCUAUACAACAUUCGGAGUAUUAGCUUUAGCAGUAGUACUCGCGAUGAUAGGAAUAUUGGAAGCGAAUCAAUACUUUUGGAUAACUUUCGUUAUCAUCCAUAUAUUAAUGUGCUUUUAUCUAAGUGUAAAAGUAUAUUACAUGGGAUGUUGGAGAUUACGUGAUUUAUCUUUACAAAAAUUCAAACAGGUUUGGAUAUACGACUUUUGGUCAGGACCGACUAACGUUGUUAGACCUUGCCACAAAGCUCGGUUUGUGUUACUUUUCUUGGGAAACUUGUGCAAUUGGGGUCUGGAUGCUUUUGCUUUAUAUCGAUUACCGAAAAACUUCCCUGUCUUCCUAUUGACCAUAUUUAUGACGAAUACUAUGUUGUACUUCGUUUUUUAUAUUGUGAUGAAGUACAUCAAUAAAGAGAAAGUGAGGCUCUUGACUUGGGCUUUCCUAAUUGUUUCUGGGGUGUGCGCUAUUUCCGCAAUGUAUUUUUUCUUGCACAAAGCCAUAUCUUGGAAGAGAACGGCGGCGCAAUCGAGACAAUUCAACGUAGAAUGUAAACUAUUUCGUUUUUACGAUUAUCACGACAUAUGGCACUUUUUGAGCGCCAUAGGAAUGUUUUUUACUUUUAUGGUAUUAUUAACUCUCGAUGAUGAUCUUUCGCACACGCAUCAUUCUCAAAUUCCAGUAUUUUAACUAAUAAUAACGAAUUGUUACAUGUGUGAAAAAUAAGCUUUAUGACUUGGUAAAUUAUUUGAAUGUAUCAACUUUAAAAAAAUGUUAUUUUGAUUUAGCUAGACAGAUAUUUCUCUUGAAAUCGAGGAUAAGACGCUCAAUUUUUUAUUUAUUUAGUUUAUUAUCAGAAAAAAGAUUCUACUCUCAAAGUUUCGAGCUGGUUUAGAGUUGAAAUAUAUUUUUUUGUGAAACAGUGCUCUCUAUAACUUUCGACUUUCGUAGCUUUUCGAAUGAUGUUGAAGGUUUAUAAAAUAAACCAGCUCUUCUAUCAUAAACUAUUUAAAAUCUCUGUAAUACCCAGUGUAACGACAUCUUAAUUGAUUUGUAUUGGGUCUAAUUUCCACUUCUUUUCGAAUCCAGCUGUUUUUCCCCGUCCAUUAGUUUAAUAUUUAUUAUUUCUAUGGGUCCUUGUGUCUCUAAUUUUGAAGUUAAGGAAGAUAAUCUUUAUAAUAUAUUUCAAGUUAUAUUUAUUUAUUCAGGUGUCUAAAUUAUCUACAGGUUUCGCUUUUUCUUUAAUUAUACAUACAAUGUUUAUUUUCUGUUGGUUUGUUAUGGUUUUUGCUUUAUUACAACAGAGAUUUCCUUUCACUGUUUUGUAUCAUUUGAAUUUCUCUUACUUCUAUCACUUUUUUACUUUAUUUUCUUAUUACUUAUUCUAGAUUCAUAAUUUUUUUUAUUAUUCUAGACUCUAACUUAUUCUCCUAAGUGGUUCUGCUUUUCAACAAAUUCGAUAGUUCGUUAUUCUAUUAAUCACAAUUUUUCUUUUUCUAUAUAUGAAAUAUUUUUGAGCAUUUUGCUUUUCAUUGUUGUUUUGUAUAGUUAUAACUUUGUCUUUGGACUUGAUAAUAACAUUGAACAUGAAAUAUUUGUACUCUUUGGAAAAUUAUAGCAUCAUUUAAUUUUGAAUUUCAUUUUUUGUUUGUAAUAUUGAGGAUUUUUCAAAAUGGUUAUUUAACUAUAUUGAAUUGCCUAUUUUGUUAAUUAGUUUAGUUUCGAAAACAUUUUCCAUGACUAUAAAUUCUAGAAAUUAUCAAAAAUAUUGAUUAAAAAACAACACAGGGGCUUCCGGAAAUCUAUUGAAAUUCUAAAACUUUUCCAUUUAUUUACUCCUUCACUGGGGAAAAAGUAUUUUCUUCUUUUCUAGAAGGAAAAAGCUUUAUAUUAAAUUUCUCAAACUGCAUUAACGGAAUAAUUAACAAAAUAUUAGUAUAUAAAAAUAAAUUUAUUAAACCAAACUUCCAAUUGAUAAUAUUUCGUUGAAAAGGUAUAUAAUAUAUGUACCUGCAUAUGAAGGAUCUUUGUGAUAUUAAUUAUAUUUUAAGCAAAAUUCGCUUAAAAAUAAUUUUUUUAUAAAUUUUACCUGGUAGAAUUAAUAUUGGUCCUAUUCCAUUUGAUUUUGAUAUAAAACGUUGAAAUAAUUAUUAAUCUAUGGUUUAUUGUAAAUAUUAAAAUUUUAUUCCAAUUU